AUGAGCAGCAUCAAGUCUCUCCUUCCUCCCAAGUUAUCAGUCGCCGAAGUGACGGGCGGCUCUAAACGGUUUGCUAGCCUAGGCGAAUUUUACAGCAAGCUUCCUAAAGGUCCUCUAGUCGAAGGAACUAGACCCGGGUUUUGGGGGAGAUACUAUUCCAAAUACAUUCGAACAAGUUCACCUAUGCCAAUUUUGCACGUUAUUUUGGGAGUUGGCCUUAUUGGUUAUACAAUAAACUACCAAAACCACUUAACAUCACAAAAACAAAAAGCAUCAUUGAUUUGA